GAUCGCGCAGCGCGUGGGCAUGUUUGUCUGUGACGACAUGGCAGCCAAGAUGGAGCUCGCGCCUCUCAGACCCUGGGACGACUUCUAUCCCGGCGCCGAGCGCUUUUCCAAGCCUGAGUUCGGGGACUUGGUCAAGUGGAACAACAGGGUCAUCAGCAAUUUAAUGUACUACCAGACCAACUACUUCGCCCUGGCCCUGGUGGUGUUCCUCAUCGUCGGGUUUCUCAAUCCAUUUGGGAUGUUUCUGGGAGGAGGGGUGGUGACCCUCGUCUUCAUGGGCUCAGUGUGGGCUGGGGAGAAUAAAGCCACCAUCAAGAACUUCAAAAGGAAGAAUCCAACCCUGUUUGUCAUCGCUGUCAUGGUCACCAGUUAUUUGCUGCUGUCCUUGUUUGGAGGUGUCCUGGUCUUCAUCUUUGGAAUCACCUUCCCUUUGCUGUUGAUUCUCAUCCACGCUUCUCUGAGACUACGCAACAUGAAAAACAGACUGGAGAACAAGAUGGAGGGAGCUGGGCUGAAGAAGACUCCCAUGGGUGUCAUCAUGGACCUCCUGGAUCAGCAGGAAGAGAAAAUGAACAAAAUCCAGGAUUUCAUUGAGGGCAAGCUGAAGGAGUGAGGGUGAAGUCACACACAGAGCUCAUAAUAAUUCUGUAGCACCUUCCCUGCUUCACGUCGAGUCACCUGCUCUUUCAUUCCUGCAACUUCAAGUCUUGACUUUCUCCUUCUCCCUCAUGGAUCUGUGUUGAUACUGAACCAAAUGGGCUCAUUCAUUAUCAGGCAGCAAGCACCAAAGGUUUCUCACCGGUCGUUCAUGAUUUGAAAGUAAAACCUUUUUUGGUUUGUAUUUGCCGUGCACUUUACCGUCUAUCUAACAUCACACGCACAACUAUUGUCAUUCUAAUGUUCAAUACUUCAUCAGAGACAAAGCGUUUGUCGACGAUCCAGUUGUUCUAGUGCUCCCAAAAUACUUUGAUUUAGUUUCUGAGAAGCACAGAGGCUGACACAAGCCCAUCAUAUCACUCCAGAAACUAUGAUAAAACAACUGUUCUGCUUCUACGAUCGGCGUCAUGGGGGGCCUUUCUAAUAUUAUAGAAGCUGACCAAAGGGUCUCCGCAGCCCGUAGCUAUGCAACAUUAAAAAGUGAAUGGCAUGUGCAAUCAUUUCCUGUCCACCUUUUGUCACGUGUCCCUGUUUUCCUAUUCUAGCAUGGCAUUUAAACGUAGUCAAUAUUUAAAGAUAUUUUGCGAGAUACAUUUGUAUUUAAUAUUUUUGCGUGCUGUUGAAGCUGUUCCAUAAACUGAUAUAUUUGUGCAUGAUCCCUCCAAAAAUAGCAGUUUGGGGAAAAUGUGUUCACUGGUCAAUCUUCUUUUGAACUGGAAAUAAACCUCAGAUGUGCUCCACA